UAAGAUCCACAAAUCCAACAGCAACAUGCCUCUGUGUACCGCUGACAGCUCGCAUACACAGAAGCAGCAGUUGCAUGUUUUAUGGCCAUGUUUUUAUCUCUCACAGGUCUGUUGCAACCAUGCAGGUUUUCUCUUGGUCUUUUGUGGUUCUGGUGCUUCUGUCUUCCUCCUUGGCUGAGGAAGAGACUGCUACCUUGGAGGUGGACAUCUCCCAGGAGCUGUCUGUUGGUGAGCUGCUGGAGAGAGCCAACAGAGACCGCACUCCUGACUUUGAUGAACCAACCCUCAUCGGAGGAGACAUUGCUGUACGGUCUGAAGCGGACAGAAACGCUGACCCUUGCACCUCCAAUGGUUGCCUCUGGUUGAAAUACACUGAUGGGAAGGUCUACAUCCCCUACUACAUCGCCAACCAUUACUCUGACAGAGAGAGAGAGAUUAUUGUUCGUGGGUUGGAUUCAUUUUCCACGGUCUCCUGCAUCCGCUUCAGGCCCUACCAGAACGGUGACCAUGAAUGGUUGAGCAUUGAAUCUAGGAACGGCUGCUACUCCUACGUGGGCCGUGUGGGUGGAGGUCAGACGGUGUCUCUAAGCAGCCAGGGCUGCCUGUACCACAGCACCGUCCAGCAUGAGCUGCUGCACGCCCUGGGCUUCAACCACGAGCAGACCCGCUCCGACAGGGACAACCACAUCCUGGUGCACUGGGACAACAUCAUUGAAGGCAUGGAGUACAACUUCUAUAAGAUUAACACUCUGAACCAGGGAACUCCUUAUGAUUACAACUCUGUCAUGCAAUAUGAGAGGUAUGCCUUCUCCAAGAACAACCUUCCCACCAUGGAGCCCAUUCCUGACAGCAACGUGUCCUUUGGCAAGGCCACACAGAUGAGCCAGAAUGAUAUUGACAGGCUGAACAGACUCUACAAUUGUUGAUUGCCUUUUAUUCGGUUCCAUCCAUCUUCCCAGCAGCUCUGAGUAGCUGCACCAUCUCUGCUGACAAAAAGCAUCACCACAGGAUGAUGCUGCCACCACCAUCACCAUGGUAUUCAGGGGGAUUUCUGCAUCUAGGCCAAAACGUUCACUAGUUGGUUGUACUGAAAUGUAUUAGGUGUUAAAAAAGGGGACAUGAAAACAUAUUCAUGCCAUUUAAAAUGUACAUUUUUAAAUUUACUGUAGCAGUGUGCCAAAAGGUGGAAAUAU